AUGCUAGAAGGGAAACCUGGGUCCUGAUCCAAGGAAGAGAAACCUGGGUCCUGAUCCAAGGAAGAGAAACCUGGAGAAACCUGGGUCCUGAUCCAAGGAAGAAAAACCUGGGAAGAGAAACCUGGGUCCUGAUCCAAGGAAGAGAAAACUGGGUCCUGAUCCAAGGAAGAGAAACCUGGGUCCUGAUCCAAGGAAGGGAAACCUGGGUCCUGAUCAAAGGAAGAGAAACCUGGGUCCUGAUCCAAGGAAGAGAAAACUGAGUCCUGA